AUGGCUGACGAUCAACACCAAAGCCCUCCGGCGGCCAUGAAACGUGUGUCGAGAGCAUGCACCUUCUGUCGCGCCCGCAAAUCCAGAUGUGAACUGGAAGCUUCAGGCGGCCAACCUCCGUGCGCAAGAUGCAAGAAAGAAAACCGCGAGUGCGUGCUGGGCACGUCCAACCGCGGCGGCAGCCGAGUGAGGAAGAAGCUGCUUUCCACCAGCCUGUCCAACCUGUCCAACCCUCCGACAUUGUCACCCCUUCUCGAGACCGACGACACUGCCGACACCAACGCUAAAUCCCACGUCCGUCCCCCUCCAUUCUUACAACCCUCCCCUCUCCAAGAUCGCGCUUCGAGCACCGCAGGCUUGGCAAGUGGUGUGGGAGGAACCACCACCAGUGUGAACGCAGCCGACGAUGAUGACUCGGCGUCCACGGCCGACAGCACAAUUGGGAACACUAUACCGAGGAAUCCAUCAGAUGCAUGGCAGUUGUUGAAAGAUGUGGCGAACCGAGAGGCAGACCAGCUACAAAUCCGAGGAGGAAUGACUCAGUCGGGUGAUGUAUCACACCAAGACAUGCAGAAUGGAGCGAGACCAGAGCCCAGGGGGUCCAUCAAUGGCAUACAUGCUGGAAUAUCCACCUAUCGACUGGUGCGCGAAGGCUACCUCACUCCCGAGAUCAUCCAAAUGCUGGUUCGACGGUAUGCCGAGCAUUAUCACCCGUACCUCCCCUUGGUCCCGCGCAAAUAUUUUGAUCCUGCUCAACUGGACGUCUUCGCGGUCAAUGAUAAACAUCUAUUGACCGCCGUCAUCACUAUCUCGUCCAAGGACCUUAUUGAACAGCCGACGAUCCAUACGUGCUGCUCCCGAUACAUGCAUGAUCUGAUAUCGGGGAUCGCUGCUGGCCACGACUGCGAGGUCGAGGCCGUCGAGGCAUUGCUGUUGCUCGCCGAAUGGGAGCCGCAAGGCCUGCGGAAUCGCAUCGAAGCUGUGGGACGAGGUGAGGAGGAUCGAUCGGCUUGGAUGCAUGUUGGGAUGGCCCUUCGUACUGGCUAUUUCCUGGGCCUCGACCGAACUUCAUUUCGACAAGAGUCUGCUGAAGAGGCGAGGAUUGAUGGACGGAAACGCCUAGCUUGGGCCAACUGCUAUGUCUCGGAUCGACUGAUCUCGGUGAGAAUCGGAAAGGCAUUCUGGUCGAGAGGCCCUGGACCCAUGACAGGCCUAUCCUCUCAAGAUUUCCCUUCGUUACAGCCACUCAGUCCGGACGACGAAGAUUAUGCCAAAAUCAUGCAGGCCACCUUGGAUCUCACCCAGCUCUACUCCAAUGUGCACGACGUUCUCUACUCGGGUAUGCGCACUAGUGGACAGAUGAUGCUCAUGGGAGACUAUGUCAAGUAUGUCGACGAUUUUCGCGCCGCCAUUGCUCGCUGGAACACCACCUGGGGUAAACUGGAGUGCUCCCCUUAUAUCAAGGUCACCCUGCAGAUGGCGUACGAGUAUCUGUGUCUGUACACCAACGCCUUUGCCUUUCAAGCGGCGAUCGCUCAAGCAAUUGCCAGCAAACCCAAGAGUGACGCCCACUCACUGAGGGAUCAUCUUCGAAGUGUGUUCAGGAAUGUCGGGGCGAUGCCAGAUGCCCGCUUCAUUUGGGCCAGUGUGGCCGCUGCGAAGGCCUAUCUGACGCUUCUCAGCACACAAGUGGACCCCAGCAAAUACCUGCGGUACAUGCCGUUGAGAUAUUACCUCUACUGCAUAUAUUCCGCGGUCUUCUUGUACAAGGCACGCUCGUUCGGUGUGAUGACGGACAUGGAAGAGCGCCAAGUUCGACAACUGGUCUUCCAGACCAUGGAAGUUCUGAAACGAGCGUCUGUCUCUGCUCAGGAUCCGGGUUCGCGCUAUGCAAGGCUAUUGGAGUUGUUGUGGAUUAAGCCGCAAAAGGCCCCUUCACAAUUCCCGCCUCCAAUUCAAUCCCCCGCAGCAUCGGACGGUCCACUGUCGUCGAGUGGCAGCGUUCGCGUUGACGCACAAGGCUAUAUGCAAUUCAGUCCGGCCAACGACUUCUCAUGGCUGGAUCUGGAGGCGGUCGGCGAUUACGUCUCGGGUGACCAAAUAACGGGCAAUGGGGUAAAUAUGCUCGCUCCGAUGGUGAAUUUCGAGUCGGCGUCGACUUUCAUGCCUCAGGGGCAGGCCCAAGGGAUGCAGUGGCAGCAGACCAACAAUUCGAUGAACUGGCCAGUGGACUGGAAUGGCAACUUGUUCUUCUGA